CUGUUCAGCCUCUGCAGAUGAACUGUGGAUGAAGCUGAUUCACCUCUGCUGUGUGAGACAGCUUCAGACUCAGUGUAUCUGUGUGUUGAAGCCUCAGUGAGCUCAGCCUCCUCCUCUCCAGAGACUCAGGAAGAGGAAGUCCUCCCUCCGUCCCCUCUGAGCUGUGGUUCAGUCUGAGGCUCAGUCAGCAGUGAGACAUCAUGGAGGUCACAGCUCUCUGCUUCAGACUGAUGAUGGUUCUGAUGGUUCUGUUGGACUCUAAUGUUCACUCACAAACAGAUGGUUCAUUGUUUCUCAUCGUUCCAAACAGACUUCAGUUCUUUCAAUAUGAGUCUGUGUCGUUUCACUGUGAGCUUCCUGAUGGGUCAUCUCAGCUGAGAGGAAUCAGGAAUAAUAACCAGUUUGUUCCUAACUGUGAUAUGAGAAGAACAUUAACCUGUAAUAUUGAGCCAGCCUAUGACACAGACAGUGGAGAGUACUGGUGUGAGACUGAAGGAGGAGAGAGAAGCAGCACAGUCAACAUCACUGUCACUGCUGGUCCUGUGAUCCUGGAGAGUCCUGCUCGUCCUGUGAUGGAGGGAGAUGAUGUGACUCUGCGCUGCAGACACAAGACAAAGUCCAUCAACCUCCAGGCUGGUUUCUACAAAGACGGUAUAUUAAUGAAGAGAAGUUCUGUAGGAGAGAUGACCAUUAACAAUGUCUCCAGGUCUGAUGAAGGACUGUACAGGUGCAGCAUCUCUGGUGUUGGAGACUCAGCAGAGAGCAGACUGACUGUCAGAGAACCUCAGCCUUCCCACCAUCGCUCCUCUGACAUCCUCAUCCCGCUGUGGAUUUCUGUCACGUUGACAUUAGUCCUGGUUCUGCUGCUGCUGCUGGGACUCUUUCAUUUCAGGAACCACAGAGACGCUGCUGAUAAUUUGAGCCUCUGCCUUCAGACAAACCACAGCAGAGACCCACAGACAGAAGAAGUGAAGGUGAUCAGUGAUUGUGAUUGGUCACAGGUGCGGAAGAGGAGCCACGAAGAGAGGCGCGCGGAGCGGGAGGAGCGAAAGACGCUAAGGUGGAUUCGAGAAACCAGAACCAGUCUCUGUAAACACGGUUCUGAGCUCAGUCUCAGCUGA